AAAUGGGAAGGGCAGACGAUCCAUAUCCAUAAACAAAUGUACCAACUCUCUUCAUCCAACCAGAGAGGGUGAAGAAACAGAGAGAUGGGCAAGCAGGAGAGUGGUGGAGAAGGAGAAGAGAGUAGUCUUCCGUUGUUUGAGAGCACAACUGCAAAGUUUAGGGGUAUAUAUAGAGUAUUUGCGUCAACAAUAUUGGUGGGUAUAUGUUUGAUAUGGGUGUAUAGAGUAACAAACAUCCCAAAACCAGGAGAGGCAGGAAGAUGGGCUUGGAUUGGCAUGCUCAUAGCUGAGUUCUGGUUUAGCCUGUACUGGAUUAUAACUCAGUCUGUCCGAUGGGACGUUACCUAUCGUCGAACUUUCAAGGACAGGCUUUCUCACAGAUAUGAUGACAAGUUACCAGGUGUUGACAUUUUUAUAUGCACUGCAGACCCCAAAAUGGAGCCACCAACUUUGGUGGUCAACACUUUGUUAUCAGUCCUGGCCUACAAUUAUCCAACUGAGAAAUUGAAUGUUUAUGUUUCUGAUGAUGGCGGUUCGGAGUUCACUUUCUACGCGCUCUUAGAGGCCGCCAGUUUCUCCAAGUACUGGACUCCCUUCUGUAAAAAGUUCAAUAUUGAACCAAGGUCUCCAGAGGCCUACUUUGCCCUGCACUCUGAUGUGCAUGACAUAAAGUAUGGUCAGGAAUGGUUGGAAAUCAAGAAACUUUACGAAGAUAUGAAGAAUCGGAUUGAAUCUGCUGUUGGAACGGGCAAGAUUCCCAAAGAAACAAAGAUGCAACACAAAGGGUUCUCAGAGUGGAACCUCAAAGUAGCAAAGAAUGAUCAUCAGCCAAUUGUGCAAAUUAUAACUGAUGGAAGAGACACGAACGCCAUGGAUAAUGAUGGAUGCCGGUUGGCAACAAUGGUGUAUGUGUCACGAGAAAAAAGACCCCAACAGCCUCACAACUUCAAAGCAGGAGCUGUGAAUGCACUGCUGAGAGUGUCAUCAGAAAUAAGCAAGGCACCCUUCAUCCUCCUGCUGGACUGUGACAUGUACGCAAACAACGCAGACUCAAUACGAGAGGCAUUAUGCUUUUUCUUGGACGGCAAGUGUGGCCACGAGAUUGCUUUCGUGCAACAUCCACAAAACUAUAACAAUCUCACCAAGGACGAUAUCUAUGGAAGUGGAUGUUUUGUAGUUAAUGCGGUCGAGCUUGCUGGGUUAGGUGGAUAUGGCGCGGCCUUGUUUUGUGGCACUGGAUGUUUCCAUCGAAGAGAAUGUCUUUUCGGAAAGAAGUAUUCCAAGGAUUAUAGAGGACAAUGGAACACAGAGGGCCAAAAUACUAUUGACAGAAGUAUCCAAGAGUUGGAGGAAUCUGCAAAAACUCUUAUCACUUGUAGCUACGAAAAGGGUACUAAAUGGGGAAAAGAGAUGGGACUGAUGUAUGGAUGCCCGGUUGAAGAUAUAGUUUCUGGCUUGGCGAUUCAAUGUAGGGGAUGGAAGUCGAUCUAUUACAAUCCAGAGAGAAAAGGGUUUCUAGGUAUUUCUCCAAAUACUUUGGAUAUAGCACUUGUUCAACAAAAAAGGUGGUGUGAGGGCAUGUUUCAGAUAUUUUUCUCCAAGUAUUGCCCUUUCAUAUAUGGGCAUGGAAAGAUAAAGUUGGGUGCCCAAAUGGGAUAUUGUCUCUACCUUUUGUGGGCACCACUUUCCUUCCCAACUAUGUAUUAUGUGGCUGUUCCUCCUCUUUGCUUGCUCCAUGGCAUUCCCUUGUUCCCAAAGGUGUCAAGUCCAUGGUUCCUAGCAUUUACUUAUGUUUUUGUAGCCAAGAAUGUUUACAGCAUAAUUGAGGCCCUCCAUUGUGGUAGUUCACUCAAAGCAUGGUGGAACUUACAAAGAAUGUGGCUGUUCCGAAGAAUUACGUCCUACUUUUUCGCCUUCUUCGAUACCAUAAAGAGGCAAUUGGGGCUAUCCGAAACAGAUUUUGCCCUCACUGAUAAGGUGAUGACAGAGGAUGUGACAAAGAGGUAUGAGCAGGAGGUCAUGGAAUUUGGAAGUCCAAGCAUUAUGUAUACCGUCUUGGCAACAUCAGCGUUGCUAAACUUAAUGAGCUUAGUAUGGGGAACAAAGAGGGUUGCCAUGGAUAUAGAUUCCAAAGCUUCAGAGCAGUUGAUCAGUCAAGUUUUUCUUUGUGGCAUAUUGGUCAUGAUCAACUUACCGGUGUACCAGGCGCUCUUCUUCCGCAGCGAUAAGGGUCAUAUACCAUCGUCUGUCGUGUUCAAGUCUGUUUUGUUGCUUACACUGGCAUGCCUGAUGCCUAUUUACUAGGAAAGCUAGCUAGCUGAAAGAUUAAUGAACAGGCAUUGUUUAUGAACUAGUAUUUCCAUAUUGAUUCUUCCUAAAACACCACAUAUUAUAAUUAGAAAGUCCAUCACCAGGAGGCAGUACUGCCACUGAUGAGGUCACAUCGUACAUGGUGUACCAGAUAUCCAGUAGAAAAUAAGAUGCGGAAUUAGACAA